AUGCACAUCGCCAUCGCCAUCCUGAUCGCAUGGCCAGCGUUCCUUACCUCCGCCAUCCCAAUAGUGCCUCGAGCCGCCCUUGUAGGCUCACCAAGAAAUGUCUACCUCACCACUUGCACCACGCGGUCCGUUACCGCCGACACAACCUUGUCCUCUGCGAUCCUCUACAGCGGCUCCGCAUCUACCAACAACCCCACAGACAUCGGCACCGUAUCUUCUCCGCGCGCUGUCCAGUGGGCUGGUUUCACCCGGCGCGUAACCCUCGAGUCUGGUGUUUUUGAAUCUAGGAUUGCACAGAGUGCUGACACACUGCCGAAGAGCGAGCUUGCGGGGUCGGCGACCUUGACGGGAGAUGGGAAUCUCAAGGAGGAGUUUGCCUGUUUUAGGGAUGGAACGAGUACGUUUAGAAUUAGUGCCGGAGUGCUGGGAGCAGAGACGACGGUUUGCGUGGCAGACUUCUGGUGUGGGAGUAUUGCGGUUUAG